CAUAGGAUCGGACCAAAAUUGAAGCUAUCUCGACUAGCGCAGCUCCGACCUCAACAUCUGGAUUGGGAUGCUGCCUCGCCAUCCGGCGGACUAAAUUUUCACUGACUCACUUCCUGUCCCGUCAUUCGGAAGAAAUGAUGUCUACUCCGCGCCGCAAUGGCCAACUCUCAUCGUGUGAGCCCUGUCGCAAAUCUAAGUUACGCUGUGACCAUGGUAGUCCGAUUUGCAGGCGAUGCGUUGCCCGCGGUCGAUCGGAGUUGUGUAUCUACCAUCCAGCUCCGUUGACGAACAUACUGGCGCCAAAACGGGCGAGGAAGAAAGGGUCGUCCAAUCCCCCGACGAAAGGUUUCCAGGCAGCACCGUAUCCGGAUAUCUUCGAUUGGAUGAAUUUAACGCAAUCGACCUGUCCGGGAUCAGAAGUGUCUUCAAAUCAGGGCAAGGUGUCUUUGCGCAGACCUGGUUUCUUUGGUGCGACAAGCCAUUCAGAGACCCUGUUUAAAGAUUCUUCGGACAUCGGACUGCCCCAGGAUCCUGCGAUUGACCCAGCCGCACCUGUCAAUGCUCGACAGGUUGAGGUAGGAGCACAGAUACUCUCGUUGCUAAAGCACCUCCCGUUCUUCACUGAGCUAGUCGAGGUUCGGUACAAGUUCUUUGUAGGCUGGGUUUUCCCCCCACAAGUGAUCAGGUCCAGUCUCAAGCAACUCGACGAGGAGUAUCGAAAUCAUGUACAAGGCUUGAGUGAUGCCGAUGCCCAUCUUCGCCUGUUGGAGUGGUCGCGAACUAUCUUCCGUCGCACGGGGUCAACCAUCAAGACACAUCCCUCCAUGACAUUGUCAGAAUAUGCCGAUCUAAUCAUCCAUCGCUGGGAAUUAAUCGGAGUAAUAUUUGCCUUGGUGGGCGCGGCAAGCUACCAGAUCGCAGCGGAGGAACCGGUGUUUCGCCGCGAGGACAUACCAGGCCAACACAAACAGGGCCUGCGCAAAAUUACGGUCGCUGCUAGUGAAAUGUGCAUCCAAUUCUGUAGUAGCCUAGGAACAAUCACUGAUAUGUUGAGCUGGCUGUUGAUACAGCAUACCAUCUAUCUUUGCGAAAUGUACGGAAUUAGUGAUUAUCGCCCCUGGCAAAGCCAUGGGAAUGUCACCAGCCUGGUCUUCGCCCUUGGACUGCACCAGUAUCAGCCUGACCCUACUGUGCCGUUCUUCCUGGAAGAGAUCCGAAAGAGGUUCAUGGUUGCAGCAUAUGCCAUGGAUAAGGAAAUCGCUACGUUUUUGGGUCGUCCUCCUCGCAUUUGCGCACGUUACUGCGACCUCCAGGUUCCUUUAGAUAUAAGUUGGGAUGAGCUAGCAUCUGAGACUGGAGAACGGGAAAGAGCGCUCCAGCGAUUAAACUCUGAGGGAUGGAACAUAGAUGGGGACCUGGAGAAGGGCUCGCAACCGCGGGUCAUGCUUUUAACCAGCCUGAUCAGAGAGAAGAUCCUAGAGGUAUCUCUUAGCCGCGAAACCGCCAAUUUCGAGGAGAGGGUGAAUGAAAUAUGUCGUGAAUCGAACGAAAGGCGUCUCAAACUUCCACCAUUCCUGCAAUGGACGCCCCAGACAGAAGCACCAUAUGUCGCCUCCUUGCAGUUGGAGUUUUUAUAUCAGGAGUUUCUGCUCUGGCAAUCCCUGGUUAAACGCACCGGGAAUAGAUAUGAAGCUCUAAUUGGCACCUCGCGAGAGAUCAUGGGCUUACUCCUGGAUCGCAUAUCACGAGACAUAAGAAUAGGAAAGAUUUCGCAUUUUUCCAUCAACGACCUAUGUUUUGUCGGACUUCCUGUGGCUGGGAUCCUAUCUACUGAAUUACUCCGUCAAUCCCAGGCUGCUUUCGCAGACACAUCAUCAUGUACAGCAUCCGCGACAACAUUCCCUCGCGCGGAAAUUAUCCAGAAACUCAGUGUCUUUGCAUCACACUUGGAGACCUUCUUCUUAAACCGAGAGGGCGACUAUGACGACUGCAUGAAGGGACUAAUGUAUAUCCGCAAGGUCCUAGACCGGGUUCUUUCUCCUCAUGGGGGGUCGGUUCUUGAGCCCAUAUCCGAGAGUACGCAAGGUGCUCCGGGUGCUAAUGAUGGAAUCAUGGAUGACAUGGAUCUAAUGGCACUUCUGGAGAACUUUGACUGGGAGCAGGAGAUUAGGCUAUGCUUUAGUUGAGCCUUGUACCAGCUUGAUUCGGGCCCGAAAUAUAGAAGAACUCGGGGCCCGAACCCACCCACUAACAAGUAUCUAACCUCUCGAGCAGCAACACGACGAUGACUUUCCUGUCCGGCAAACAAACUAAGACAGACUUCAACAAUAUACGACAAUUCCCUUUUGAAUUGUUCAAGAUGAGCAUCACUUCACUAACCCCCGUCAUUGUAGUAGGUGCCAGUCUUGUCGCCCUUUCAACCGCUCUCUGCCUAUCUAAACACAACAUUCCAACCAUUGUGCUGGAGCGCCACGCCGAUAUCUCCAAACACCCACGCGCAAUCGGAUUUACAUCCCGGACUCUUGAAAUAUACAAAAACCUAGGUAUCGCCCAUCAUAUGCCCGAAAUCCCCAAGGGAUUUCACCUGCUGCGCGCCCGGGUCGAGAGUCUCACUGGAAAAUGGUACGAGAGU